GAAUGGAGAUUCAUUCGCGUUUGAGCAACUGGUCGCCGUUGUGGUGUUGAUCCGGUCCUAAAAACCUAUGUGUAGUCCAGUUUGGCCACUUGAUUAAAUUAAUAUUUCCACCACACAAUCAAGAUGAUGAACAGCCUGAAGAAACUGCCCGUGCGCAUGCUGGCUAAUGCGGCACGUCAGCAAAAUGCAGCAAUGUCCUCGGCGACCGGUCUUCCUCCCCCGCUCACCUUCCUCACCGACGACGAGAAGAUGAUGAAGGAGACUGUUGCCAAACUGGCUCAGGAUCAGAUCCAGCCCCUGGUCAAGAAAAUGGACUUUGAGCACAAGUUCGAUCCCUCCGUGGUUAAGGCCGUCUUCGAGAAUGGCCUGAUGGGCAUUGAGAUCGACACCGAGCUGGGCGGCAGUGGCUGCAACUUCAUGACCAACAUCAUUGUGGUUGAGGAGCUGUCCAAGAUCGAUCCCGCCGUGGCUGCCUUUGUGGAUAUCCACAACACUCUGGUCAACUCGCUGAUGAUCAAGUUCGGCAAUGCUGAGCAGAAGGCCAAGUAUCUGCCCAAGUUGGCCCAGGAGUAUGCUGGUAGCUUUGCCCUCACUGAGCCCGGUGCAGGUUCGGAUGCCUUCUCCCUGAAGACGGUGGCCAAGAAGGAUGGUAACCAUUACGUGAUCAAUGGCACCAAGAUGUGGAUCUCCAACUCUGAUGUGGCUGGAGUCUUCCUGGUCUUUGCCAAUGCCAAGCCAGAAGAUAAAUACCGCGGCAUCACCACCUUCAUUGUGGAUCGCGAGACCCCCGGUCUGAUUGUGAACAAGCCUGAGGAUAAGCUGGGCAUCCGGGCCUCUGGCACCUGCAUGCUCACCUUUGACAAUGUCCGCGUGCCCGAGGAGAAUAUCCUGGGAACCUUCGGUCAUGGCUACAAGUAUGCAGCUGGCUUCCUGAACGAAGGCCGCAUCGGCAUUGCCGCUCAGAUGGUGGGCCUGGCUCAGGGUACCUUUGAUGCCACCAUCCCGUAUCUGCUGGAGCGCAAGCAAUUCGGCGAUGCCAUCUAUAACUUCCAGUCGAUGCAGCACCAGAUCGCCACCGUGGCCACCGAGAUCGAGGCUGCCCGCCUGAUGACCUACAAUGCCGCCCGUCUGCAGGAGCAGGGUGUGCCCUUCCAGAAGGAGGCGGCCAUGGCUAAGUACUAUGCCUCCGAGGUGGCCCAGAGAGCGGCAAUCAAGUGCGUCGACUGGAUGGGAGGCGUGGGCUUCACCCGCGAUUUCCCCCAGGAGAAGUACUACCGUGACGUGAAGAUUGGAGCCAUCUAUGAGGGCACCACCAACAUGCAGCUGAGCACCAUUGCCAAGUGCAUCAAGAAGGAUUACUCGGGCUAGGAAUAAUAAUCCCCCCCCCAACGAAUCCAAGUCCCCCACACAAGCUGAGAUAUCGUACGUCAGAUACGUCAAGUGCAUUUAUGUGUGAGAGCCGCUGGAAAAAUUUGAACGAUCGUUUGGUCGUCCAUUAAAGGUUCUCUCCGUGUUACCUUAGCAUUUACUACAUAGUUCUUUCUGUUAUAUCGUAUCAAAUACAAUUUUAA